AUGGUGGACGUCGCGGAGAGCCAGGAAGACCCCUGGGCCGCGGCCUCGGCGCCCGCCGAUCCCUUCGUGGCCGCCGCCCCGGGCAGCCCACAAAUGGCAGCGCCGCCGGCGGACCCCAUCGUAAGCCCCGCCAGACCGACGGACCCGGACCCCUGGGCCACACCCUCGGCGGCCUCCGAUCCCUGGAUCGAGACACCCACUUCACCACCAGCCGAUCCCUUCGGGGCGGCCACGUCGCCGGCGCUGCCGGCCCGGACCGAGGGCAGCCCGUCCGUCGCCGUGCCGCCCGCGAGCCCGCCGGAGGACCCCUGGUCGCAGCCCGCGGCGCCCGGCGUCACGGCCGCGGCCGAGGCGCCCGACGCGCCCGCAAGCUCGGCAAGCGGCGCGCGCAAGCUGCGCAAGAAGCUCGCCGCGCUGACAGGGCUCCACCACGCCGGCGCAAAGGUCAAGGAGAAGCUCGCCAAGAAAAAGAGCGCUGAGCCGCCGCCGGCCGAGCCCGCGUGGUCCGCGGGCGACGAAGCGCCUACUGAUGACGCUGGGGCCGGCGUCGCCAUCCCCGCCGCCCACGAGACGUCCCCGGCCGCGGCCCGGCCGGCGAGCUUGAGGUUGCGGAAGGCCGCUGCAAAACUGACGGGGGUCCACGGGGCCUUCUCCCCGCGGGCGCAGCCGGACGAGACGGACGAGCAGCGCGCCGCGUCGCGAGCCUUCGACGCCAUGGAUGUUGAUGGGGACGGCGAGCUGAGCGCCGAGGAGAUCCACGCGGCGCUCCUGAAGAACGACGCCGACGCGAGCUUGGAACGUGUGAAAGAGUUGGUGGCGAAGGCCGACACGGACGGCAACGGGACCGUGAGCCGAGAGGAGUACCUCGAGGCGCUCAAGACGGAUCUCAUACCCGAAGGCUGGCGCGGGACGCUGACGGGCGCUGCACAACGCGCGCGGGAGAUCGCAUCGAACGCGGCGGCGGCGCUGGGCCCCGCGGCGACGAAAGUGCGCAAGGCCGCGGCGAAGGCCACGGGCCAGCACGGCGCCUUCUCGAAGAAGAACGCCGUGCCCCCCGUCGACGUCGAGGACGCGCCCAGUGCCGCCCCGGCGCCCUCGCUCGAGUCGAUGCAACAAAACCGGUUCCGCGCGGCCGCUUCGAGGACGAUGAUGGCCCUGACCGCGUUCUCGAAGAAGGAGACCGUCGACGCGACCGAUGAACCAUCGAGCCCGCGGCCCCACCUCGACCACGAGGCCUCCGGCGACUUGCGGCGGAAGCAGCUCAAGAAGCGCCAGGGGUCGUUGGCCGGCCGUCUAGGUGCCGAGGAGGCGAAAAGCGACCCGGCACCGAGGAAGAAGAAGGGGUUUGCGAAUCUCUUCGGCAAGGCGCAACACGCGUUCCACCAUUCAGAAGAUACGCCGCCGCAGCCCUGGACGGCGCAUGGUGCCGAGGCCGUGCGAACGGCUCUCGACGCGUUCGAGGCCGACGAGCGUGCGAUGUGUACCGCAAAUCUCUGGAUCGAGCGCGGCGAUGCAAAGAGGUGCGCUUCUGUGAAAGCGGCAUUAGGUGGGGACCCGACACAAGCGGCGCUCGGCCAGGCGACUCCAGAAAAAGCUUCGAAGGCGAUCGUGAGCGCGAUCGAGGGCGGCGAGCCCCAUGCCGCGGUGGACGCGGUCCGAGCUCUACUCAUGAUGCAUGUGCCGCUUUGCAAGACCGUACAUCACGAGACGCGCGACGCCUUCGUCCGGGCGGCGACGGAGCCCCGGACCGCCGCGGCGCAGCGCGAGGCGCUGCAGAAGUUGGUGGACGAUUUGCCGCCGAUCCACAAGCAGUUGUUGGGGAGGUUGGCGGCGCACUUGGCGCGCAUCGUCAGACGGCAAAGAUUAAAUGGGUCGUCGUGGCGCGGCCUCGCCGCUGCUUUAUGUCCCGUGCUGCUUCCCUCGUCUGGAGCCGUGUCGACGACGGCCAAGAUCCAGGCCAGUAUCGCCUGCGAGCGCUUACUUAGAGUAGUAAACGCCGGCGCGGGAGGACCCAAGUCGCCGCGCGCGCCCGAGAGCCCGGCGUGGUCGCCGAGGCAACCGGCGCCAUCACCAAAACCACAUACCGCGUUCGACGCCUUCGCGCACAUGCCGGCCAACCCCUUCUCGCCGAAGCUGGCUUCGAAAAAGAAGUCGCCGAAACUCGCCAUGCGCCCGCCCGACCACCACCCGCCGGGCUGGGCGCCGCCCGCUGCUGAUCCCUGGCCCGCGUCGCCGCCGCCGAUGCUGUCGCGGGCGCCGGACAGCGCGGCGCCCCCGCCGCCGAUGCCGUCGCACACGCCCGUCAAGGAUGAUAACGGUGGAGACCCCUGGCCCGCCGGCUCCGCCGACCCGUGGCCGCCGCAUGCGUCGGACGCGCCGCCCCCGAUGCCGCCGCACGUGCCGGACGCGCCCCCGCCGCCGAUGCCAUCACACACCCCCGAAAAACCACCAGAAGCGUCGGACCGGCCGCCGGACUGGAAGCCGCCGCCGCCGCCGAAAGUAGAGGGACCGAUCGAGGCCCGCGCCGUCCGCGCGACGUACGUCGACGAAAUAGACAGCGACGACUCCGACGAUGAUGAAAGAGAGUGGUCCCUGCGGCAUGCGCUCGAGGAAUUUGGAGUGACCAAGGUGCGGGUCAAGGGCAAGCAGGGCGUCGCGUUGUUUGGUUCGGAGAAGGACGCGAGCGACGCUUUGCACGCGCAUAGGGUGGGCGCCUGGCGCCUCUCGAGUCCGUCGAUAGACGCGUCCGGCGAGCAGAUCCUGUACACCGGAGCCGGCUCGCCGCAGGUCGAGGACGACCUGGAAAGGCUCCUCGCUACCACCUAAUAUUCACAGUAUAUUUACGAUUCGGCUGCGACUACGAGUCGGACACUGGCAAGUCGAGGACGACCUUGACUCGGAACGGCUACUAGCGAG